GCCCGCCUAGCCCCCCUUCUGAGUGAGCGUGCCGCCUGCCCUGUGCCUGUGUCCUCCCUGCAGCUCUGAACCUGUCUGCGCCUGGGUACCUAGUAAGGUUGCUUGCUGCCUUCCGCCUCGACCGCUCAUCUGUGUGCCAGUGUCUGUGUCAGUGCCACUGCCACCUUCUGCCUGUGACUCUCUGCUCUUCCUCAUUCUUCUUCUGCCUGACGCAAGCAAAUCGUAACCUAAACCUUUUUCUCAUUUUACCUUAUCUAUCGCCAACUCCAUCUUCUUUUUUCCCUUUUCAUACUUUCCCGAAUUUUCCGCUGCCACAAGUCAACCAUCCCAGCAGCUUGAUUCCACCAUCGAUACCACUCUUACCGCCUCUACAACUUAUCAACCACCACUGUCAACAUGCGCAGCAAGUUCAAGGACGAGCAUCCCUUCGAGAAGCGCAAGGCUGAGGCCGAGCGCAUUCGACAGAAGUACUCUGACCGCAUUCCCGUUAUUUGCGAAAAGGUCGAGAAGAGUGACAUCGCGACCAUCGACAAGAAGAAGUACCUUGUCCCCGCCGAUUUGACCGUCGGUCAGUUCGUCUACGUCAUCCGCAAGCGAAUCAAGCUCUCCCCCGAGAAGGCCAUCUUCAUCUUCGUUGACGAGGUGCUUCCCCCAACGGCCGCCCUCAUGAGCAGCAUCUACGAGGAACACAAGGAUGAGGACGGUUUCCUAUACAUUACCUACUCCGGCGAGAACACCUUCGGUGAUGCUUGGGAUGACACAAUUUUCCGAGUCUUUGAAUAUGGUAUCAGAAACAAUGUACAAGCAGCUCAUGGUACAGUCACGCCGAGCGGAACUCCCACGAGAACCAAGAUUAGGCAGCUGCAGCUAUCACCUGAUUACCCCAACUUGGAACCGUGA